AUGGCCUUCGCCCGCCUGCGCGCCCGACUCCUGCUCCGGCGACUCUCGGGGCCGCUGCGCGCGCGGCGCGGGGUCUGCGCUCGGGCCAUGGCUCCGCCGUGUCGCUUCGCCCUGGAGCUCCCCGACUGCACUCUGGCCCACUUUGCCCUGGGAGCGGACAACCCAGGCGACGCGGACGCCGGGGACGCGCGCCCCGAUCCCCGCCUGGCGGUGCUGCUGGGGCCCCCGGGGCGGAGCUACUCCCUGUGCGUGGCGCUGGGCCCGGAGGUUGGCUGCAGGGCCAGGGUCCGGGGAGCACGGCUGCACCAGCGCCUGCUGCACCAGCUGCGCCGCGGCCCCUUCCAGCGGUGCCAGCUGCGCAGGCUGCUCUGCUACUGCCCGGGCGGCCAGGCCGGCGGCGCGCAGCACGGUUUGCUGCUGCGCGACCCCAGCGAUGGUCCGGACACCCGGUGCGCUCUGCUCGACCUGCUGGGCACUUGCGAGGAGGCCCCGCGCCCGCUCCUGGGCGAGUUCGAGGCCGACGCGCAGGGCCAGCUGUGGCAGCGCCUCUGGGCGGUGCAAGACGGCAGGCGGCUGCAGGUGGGCCACGCGCGCGUCCUGCCCGCCCCGGAGCCCCCACUGCACCCGGUGGUGCCCGACCUGGCCAGCUCCGUGGUCUUCCCGGACCGGGAAGCCGCCCGAGUCGUUUUGGAGGAGUGUACACCCUUUAUUCCUGAAGCCCGGGAGGUGCUUGAGCUGGUUGACCGGUGUCCGAAGCAGGUCCAGAGAGGAAAGUUCCCGGUUAUUGCCAUCGAGGGACUGGAUGCCACUGGUAAAACCACAGUGACUCAGUCGGUUUCAGGUUUACUCAAUGCUGUCCUCUUAAAGUCACCACCCUCUUGCAUUGGCCAGUGGAGGAAAAUCUUCGAUGAUGAACCGACUAUCAUUAGAAGAGCUUUUUACUCUUUGGGCAAUUAUAUUGUGGCUUCUGAAAUAGCUAAAGAAUCUGCCAGAUCUCCUGUGAUUAUAGACAGGUACUGGCACAGCACAGCCACCUACGCCAUAGCCACCGAGGUGAGUGGCGGAGUGCGGCACCUGCCGCCGGCCUGCCACCCUGCGUACCAGUGGCCGGAGGACCUGCUCAGGCCCGACCUCGUCCUGCUGCUCACCGUGGGCCCGGAGGAGAGAGCGCGGAGGCUGCAGGGCCGGGGCCUGGAGAAGACCAGAGAGGAAGCAGAACUGGAGGCCAACAGCGUCUUUCGCCAAAAGUAGGUGUCCUCCGUGUGA